CAACCAGGCGCAGAUCUCCGUAGUGAGGGGGCAGCGGCGUUACCAUGGCGCUCACGAAUAAAGGCGCGCGUGCAACCUCACUUUUAAACAGCCAUAAGGAGCGAGCGCGAUGCUCGGCGCAGUGAGAGAUCACGUCUAUCAUCGUCGCUUUUCAUUCCCGUAACAGGACCCACGCCGAUGGCCCCGGGGCCGGUUUCUGCCGGUCGACACCACCUGCCCGUGUGUUCGGGCUAAAUGGAGGAACGGUGCGGACUUUCGUUCUCCUCCUCCGCGAGCUCUCGGCUCGAACAAAACGGGCUUUGUGGGUUUCUUCCCGUGGAUAAUCCGAUUUUAUUUCGGGGGGAAUCGGAACGUCGUUCGGGAUUAGGCGGGUACUAGGGUAAGUGCGUUACGGUACCGUUUGAGAGCACACUGCUCGGGCUUUUGUUGCACAAGAGUCUUCGGCGUUUUUCCUUCAGAAGUCUCGGUCUCGAGUGAAAACUACCUGGCGCGGAAUCACUCCGUUCCCCGGUGCUGCUAUGAGUUCCUGGCUGCAUAGAUACUGUAACCUCGUUCUCCGUAGUGCGGUACUCCUUUCUGUGUUCGCCUUUGCAUCCUCUCAUUCGGCUGAUAAUAAGUGCAGCUCGCCUCUUGCCUUGACGUGUCAAGAAUGCCUGAACCGUGGGCCAGAUUGCGCCUGGUGCUUUCAGAAGAGCUUUCUGGAUGGAGCGCACAUUAGCAAGAGGUGUGAUUCUGCUGCUCAGCUUAUGCUUAAAGGCUGUGAGGAGGAGUUUAUUGAGAACCCUGGAGUUAAAGUGGAGGUAAACAUGACACUGAGCAGCUCACAGGUGACUCCUCGAGACAUCUCCAUCCAGCUGCGACCAGGCAGUGAGGCGAGUUUCAUAGUGGAAGUGAAGCAAUUGGAGUUGUAUCCAGUAGACCUGUACUACCUGGUGGAUGUCUCAGCCUCCAUGCAGGAAAACCUGGACCGGCUGAAGACUGUCGGAGUGAACCUUUCCCAUCGCAUGAAGGAACAUUCCAGUGAUUUCCAAGUGGGCUUUGGAUCAUUUGUGGACAAGCCAGUCUCUCCCUAUAUUGAUGUACAUCCUUCAAAAAUCGAUAAUCCUUGCAGUGAUUAUGACAUUAAUUGCCGGCCAGCCCACGGCUUCAUCCACGUCCUGCCUAUCACAGACAACAUGACAGAGUUCAAGCAUGUGAUUCAGCAGCAGAGGAUCUCUGGGAACAUGGACACGCCAGAGGGAGGCUUUGACGCCAUGCUGCAAGCAGCUGUGUGUCAGAAAGACAUUGGAUGGCGACCUGAAGCUAAGCACCUGCUGCUGGUUAUGACGGAUCAGCCAUCUCAUCUGGCACUGGAUAGCAAACUAGCAGGCAUCGUGGUGCCCAACGACGGGCACUGCCACCUAGAAGAUGGCACUUAUUCCAAAUCUGCUCAUAUGGAACAUCCAACCAUCGGCCAGCUGGCAGAGAAGCUUCUAGAAAACAGCAUUUACUCCAUUUUUGCUGUGAAUCAGAUGCAAUAUAAGUGGUAUGAGGAUUUGGUGGCUUUUCUUCCAGGGACUUACCUGGGCAGGUUACUUCCCAAAGCCUCUAAUCUUACAAACCUAGUAGUGGAUGCAUACAAGAAGCUCCUAUCAGAUGUCGGAGUGGAGGUGGAAGUCGAGGACAGCCAAGCACACCGAUUCUGGGUCAGUGUAACAGCAUUUUGCCCAAACGGAUCCACUGCGGCGGGGAGCACCAAAUGCACCAACGUUCAACCUGGGCAAAAAGUCUUCUUCAACAUCACAGUGGGAAUGCGAGCGUGCCCGGAAAAGACUGACGCACAGAAAGAACAUGAGCCUGAGGUUAUGUUGGUGGUGAAACCUGUGGGAUUUAACGAAUCCACAACUGUGCGAGUGCGACAGGCCUGUGUGUGUAGCUGUGGUGGGGCAGGACCUUGCCAUGACAAUCCGGAAAAUUCUCUCUGUGAGUCUGGAGCCGAUCAAGGGGCCGAGAGGAUUUUGACGGACAGUUGCCAAGAUGUGGAGACAGGCCUGAUUUGCAGCGGCAGGGGAACCUGUGUGUGUGGGGCAUGUGUGUGUGACCAGAGUAACCUGGGCACCAUCUACGGAAAGUUCUGCGAGAAGGACGACUUCUCAUGUCCCAAUGAGAGGGGUCUAAUGUGUGGAGGACAUGGUGAGUGUGUCUCAGGGGAAUGCUCAUGUCAGCGUGGUUGGACAGGUGAGAGUUGUGGCUGCCCCGUCUCCCCAGAGAGCUGUAUGUCAGCGAACGGCUUGGUGUGCAGCGGUCAAGGAAAGUGUGUCUGCGGCAAGUGUGUGUGUGAUCACCACCGACGUUCUGGAAGGUUCUGUGAGAAAUGUGCCACCUGUUCCAACGCCUGUCAGUCACACUGGAGUUGUGUAGACUGCCACCUGUCUAAAGGCCUCGUAGCAGACGAUACACAACACUGCAACAGAAGCUGCGCUGCUCUGGUGGCCUAUGUUGAUGACAUUACUGAACUGAUCAGAGGGAAGUACUGUCUGUACCACAGCGGGGAUCAGUGCGUCGUCAGGUUCCAUGUGGACAUGGCCUCACAUGGACCACAGCUACGGAUUAGCAGGCAUGCUGAGUGUGUGUCCAGCUACCGGUACUUUAAGACCUUUCUCAGCGUUUUCCUCCUCACAGUGGUUCUGGGUCUGGGAAUCCUGGCUGUAGUGCGUUUGCUGCUCCGUGGCAAGAAAUGGUCUCUGAGGGGACAUGUGAUCGAAGACAGCAGCAAGAACCCGUCAUACGCACCCACCCACAACGAGAAGACAAUAACCUACAGACGGGACUGUCUCCCUGAGCACCCCAUGGAGCACAUUCACAUUCACAAAAUACCCCUCCAUGACAUGUUUCCAUGACAGGCAGAGGGGCAAGAAAGAAAGGAGGCAAACGAGCAAUAAGCAAAUGAAUGCGCGUUUGUUUUCUUAAAGCACACUCCAUGUUGUUUGUGCAUGUGUGUGUGUGUGUGGACUCCACUUCCUUUGCAUGAGGUGUAACCCUAUCUGGGUCCUCGGAUACCGACGGUACUUUAUUUACCUUAUGCAGCCUCAGCUAUAAAUUGACAUCUUCCUGUCUUGUGCCUGUGUAGCAGGCAAAGGUACCGCAUUUAGAUUAAAUGAAGUUUUCCAAAACGAUUUAGUUUGUAUUUAAGUUUAUUUAAGUCGGUUUGGCAAAAUGUAACACUACAAUUUCUUUUCACGACCACUACAUAACAGCCAUAACAGACCUCAAGUUUAAGCCAGUUCGUUUUGACUGGUGUUAGACUGCCACCUAGUGUAUAGUGAUAUAGACGUGUCCAGGAAAUGCUCUGAAUGAGUUGCAUUUACAGUAGGUACUCCAUAUUGGUAUAGAUCACAAGUUCUAAAUUGUGGACCUGGAGCACGCUCCAUCAGUAAUGUUCUAGUGUUUUAUCUGCUCAGAAACACUCGUUAUGAUCAAAUAUUAGUGUUAGAAACGAGCACAACACUACAACGUGCUGGACAUGAGCGUUUCUCCAGAAGCACAUUUAAAAGCCUGUGUAAUGGGUGUUAAAUAAAUGUUUGUGACUUCAUUAUAUAACCCUCUGUAUUUUUAGUAUAUGUAAAUAUCUGUACUAUAGCUAUAUAGAUCAUUUGAAUCAGAUUUAAUUGUACAAAGCUGAUUGAGUCCUACAUACAGUAAUUACUGCACUUUGUCCAUCUCAGAUAAUAUUUUUUGCCUGGAGAUGUGCUAUCAGAACUGGAAUUUUACUGUAGGAGUGUUUCAUGUUGUGUCUGUGUGCCUCACAUGGGUUACUGUAUUUCUUCAGAGAUGUAGAUGUUUGCAAAUGUGAAUUGCCAACCGAGUUGCACUUGUGUGCAUUAAACUACUGAAGUCCAGCGACACUCCUUUUUCUACGAGCUGAUACAGCACAGCCGAGGUCUGUUGGACGUUCCACUCUUUCCUGUGUCGUAGACUGCACUGUUUACAAUUACACUAAGAGAUUUAUUUAUUGAUUUAAUAUCUUUUGUUUUUGUUAGUAGUGAAUGCUUUUUGUUUUGCGCAGUAGAAUGUUGCUCUUAAGUGCAUAUUUCUCAUGCACUGUUACUGGUUGUAAAUGUAGAUCCUAAGACACUAAAUCGGUAAAUUUACUGCGUUCUGUGAUGAUUUUUUUUUUUUUACUUGAACAAAAUGCAGCCGUCGAGAGUCCUUGUGGCAGACAGAUCACUGAACAAUUGGGCAUUAAUACUGCGCUUUUGUUUCCCUGUUGUUUAAUUUGAUUUUACAUGCAGUGUGUGUCAAUAAAGACUCAAUCAAUGGCAUUGUUUCAUG